AUGUCGACCAAGACGCAGGAGCCCGUCAUCGCGCGGGUGUCGGACCUCCCGACGUCGGAGGCCAGAUGGGUGACGCUCAAGAAGAUUGAGUACGUCGACCAGGUCGGCAAGGCGCGCACCUGGGAAGUCGCAAUGCGCAAGACACGCGCGGCCAAGGCGGGCGUCGACGCCGUGGCCAUGGGCAACGUGCUGGUGCACCCGUCGCGGCCCCCGGCCACACUCAUCGUGAUCCAGUAUCGACCGCCGCUCGACGCAUACACGGUCGAGUGGCCGGCGGGCCUGGUCGACGAGGGCGAGACGGCCGAGGAGGCCGCCGUGCGCGAGUUCAAGGAGGAGACGGGCUACGACUGCUCCGUCGUUAGCGUCAGCCCCGUCCAGGCCGCCGAUCCCGGCAUGUCCAACGCCAACAUGCAGCUCGUCAUGGUCGAGGUCCAGCUGCCCGAGGAGGACGGCGAGCGGCCCCAGCAGCGGCUCGAGGACGGCGAGCACAUCGAGACUGUCAUCGUGCCCCUCGCCGAGUUUUAUGACCGCCUCGUUGAGUACGCCAAGCGCCCCCGCACCAUCGUCGCCGCCAAGCUGUUCCACUUCGCCCACGGCAUGAACUUUGCCCAGACGAACAAGUACGGGAUAUAG